AUGCAGACAUAUAUGAUAAAAGAACAUCGACAGUUUCUUCAAGAUCUAGCAAUGCAUAGUCGAAUCCGUUGUAUAGUUGCUGAAAGCAAAUCUUUUCGUAUGAGAACAGCCUAUAAUCAAUGUCUUCAAUCAUUGUGGAACUUCCGAAAUGCUCACAUAUCAUUAGUUAAAAGAUUCAUUAUACAACCAUCACAAAGUGCAGAUGCUAGAAUAAAACAACUUGAUAUUAAAGGAACAGGUGGUCAAUGUCUAAAUGUCUUUCUUCAACGUGUACGAGAUGCAACAAUUUCUGCAUCUUUGAAUUAA